AUGUCCGUCAUUGUCAUCAACACUGGUCUCGGAGAUAAAGCCUCGAGUCACCAAUACGCUUUAGGCUGGCCAGAAGCCAAGGGCAAAUUCCAAACUGCGGGGGUUUAUAAGACCUUACGAGAUUCAUCUCGACAUUUAAAAAUCUUUUCAUUAAUCACACAAACUAGAGCGAAGAAUUCUGAUUUUCAAUUGCGGAACCUCGAGAAAAACUACCUGAGUUUCGUUACCCAUAGACAGAAGCGGGACGCGUCAUGCAUACUUCUAUUUUUCUACUCGGGGUAUUUGUCUCUUAACCAUCUCUACGAGCAGCUUACAGCUCCCCACCCCGGUAAGAGGCUGGAUACGAGCCUAUACUCGGGGCAGGUAUAUAAGAAGAGCCAUGACUUUUGA